CUAUCCAAACAAAGUGUUAGUGUUUUACUGUCUGGAAUGAAUCAGUCCGACUGUAAAUCGUAUGAGAUAUGAGAAAACAGCAUUUGCAAAGGGACGAAGAAAGAAGAGAGAAAGGAAAAAUGAAAAGAAGAAAAUGAAAAAUUGAAUGAAAUGCGAUGGUGUUAAUGGAAUUCGAGUUUCAGCCCACUACUCGCUCAAAAUCCUCUGCAACGGAAAAUGGAGGGCGGUCGUAAGACGACGAUGUGGGAGAGUUUCAUGAAAAACCAUCAGAUGUCCUUGAAAUCCCUUUUCCAGCGCAAGAAAUCAUCGUCCAAUGAUGAAGACUCUCACACUGAUUCCCCGAAGCCCAUUCCCCAGCUCUCUCCUCUAGCCAAUUCGGUCGUCUCUCGCUGUUCCAAGAUCCUUAGAAUCCCUACUGAGGAAUUGCAGCAUUACUUUGACAUAGAGUUGCCGGAGAGUGUGAGGCAACUGUUCACAUACACUAGGAAUUUUUUAGAAUAUUUCUCUUUCCAAGCACUCCAUCAAAUUACCAGACGUCUAGAUCAUUUGAGUGACCCAGAAUUCCGUCAAUUAACAUAUGACAUGAUGCUUGCAUGGGAGGCCCCAAGUGUAGAGUGUGAACAAGCCAAAGAAAAUACUCUAGAAAGCAAUCAGGAAACAGAGGACGAGGAAGGACAGUCACUGUUUUAUUCAAGUUCCACAAAUAUGGCUGUUCAGGUUGAUGAUAAGAAAACUGUUGGACGAGAAGCUUUUGCACGAAUAGCUCCUGUCUGUGCUGCUGUUGCAGAUAUAACUGUCCACAAUCUUUUUGAUGCACUUACAAAUUCUUCAGGCCAUCGACUUCAUCUUCUUAUAUAUGAAAAAUACCUUCGAAGCCUUGACAAGGUUGUUAAGGCUGCAAAGAGUACAAUGGGAUCCUCCAUGUCCAGUCUUCUGUUUCAAGGGGGAGAUCAUUUUGGAGGUUGAUGGUACAGUUCCCACACAUCCAGUUCUACAACAUAUUGGAAUCACGGCUUGGCCAGGCUGGCUGACUCUAACCAAUUUUUCACUAUACUGAGUCAUUGGGAGUUGGGGUAUAUGAAAAGGCUGUUAGCUAUGAUCUGUCAAGAGACACCAAGCAGGUCAUAAAACCUGAAUUGACUGGACUGCUGGGUGCUCGUCUUUUUGAUAAAGCUGUUAUGUACAAAUCAACAAUGGUGUAUGAU